UAGAUUUGGCAAAUCAUUAUUAUCGUGAUUAACAUAUAUGACGUGCGCCUCUGUAUUUUUGAAUAGUGGGAGAGCCAAAGUCAAGACAGAAGAUAAGUAAACAAGUUGCUGAACAAAACCAGUCUUAAAGUGAUGCCCAGUAAGGAAUAUAAAAUAAGUUGAGUGCAAAACCAAGAUAUACCUAUGAUGCAAAUACUAUGUCUAACCAUUCUCACUCUGACAACAGUAAAUACUCAGGAUCCCAUUACGGAUUUCUUCAAAAACUCAAAUAAUCAGACUCACGACCCCUUCGUCAAUUUGGUAGAAGUAACAUCCCCGAAACCCACCGGUUUUGGUUCGUUGGACAAAUGCGGAGAAGGUGCCGGUCAAGGAAUCAACGUUUGCGUCCCUUACCAUCAGUGCGAUUCAGUUACAAACACCAUAGUACAAGACGGUAGAAGCGAUGGCUUUGGUAAGAUUGAUAUCAGAUUUGGAGCUAAUGAGUGCGAAAGUUAUUUGGACGUUUGCUGUAAGCUACCCAAUGAGACAAUGAAGGAACCUGAAAUAAAUAAUCCUGAUCCGACUCCUUCGCCUAGGCCGCCUUCGACUAGCUCACCAGUUACUCCUCCUCCUGAAGUGGUACCUUCAACGCCCAGACCAAGUUCGAUUUAUUGUGGUAUCAGGAACCCGAAGGGGAUUGAUUUUCAGAUAACAGGCAAUAGCAAUUCCGAAGCUGAAUAUGGUGAAUUUCCUUGGAUGGUAGCUAUUUUAAGGACUAACUACGACCCUACUAAGCAUAAGAAUUUAGCUUUGUGCGGUGGUUCGCUAAUAGCGCCCAAUGUGGUUUUGACUGGAGCACAUUGUGUUGCUGAUCUUAAAUUGAAUGAAUACAAAGUCCGAGCAGGUGAAUGGGACACGCAAACUGAAAAAGAAAGAUGGCCUUACCAGGAGAGGACUGUUAGUAGAGCGAUUAUACACGAAGAUUACGUGCCUAAAGUUUUAUAUAAUAAUGUCGCCUUGUUGAUUUUGAGCAGUCCAGUUAAUUCGGCCAAUAAUAUUGGAACUAUAUGUUUACCAAAUCAGGACGAAGUCAGUAAUUCUAGAAAUUGCUUGGCUAGCGGAUGGGGAAAAAAUGUUUUUGGCAAAGAAGGAAUAUACCAAGUGAUUCUGAAAAAAAUUGAAUUACCAAUGGUACUAUUCAAUGAAUGUCAAAGAGUACUAAAAAAUACUCGAUUGGGUGCAGCUUUUCAGCUGCAUUACAGUUUUGUUUGCGCUGGUGGUGAACGUGGAAAAGAUACUUGUACGGGUGAUGGUGGUAGUCCAUUGGUGUGUCCAGAUCCAUCGAAUCCAAACCGCUACGUCCUGACUGGAACAGUCGCUUGGGGUAUCGGUUGUGGAGAAGAAAAUAUACCGGGUGUUUAUACGAACGUGGCAAAAUUCAGAAACUGGAUAGAUGAUAAGUUGCAAAGACUGAAUGUUAAUGUUGAUUCUUAUAGGGUUUAAUUAAAACAAGUUGAACAAUAAU